AUGGCGAGCAUCCUCGUCCCCGUUCUCUACGUUAUCAUCGUAUUCGGCGGACUCUUCGUCUUCAGCACCUUAUACCGCAAACGUCUAGCCACCAAAUUCAUCGACCCUUACUUCCCGUCGCACCCAGAACGCGACACGUACGUCACCCUUCUCCAGCGGCAAGAUCCACCGACGCCGGACCCGAUCCUCAAAGCCGCCCUCGUCCGGCGCGCCAUGGCCGACGUCGCGCGCGUCCUCCGCAUCCGCGAGGACAAACCCGCGCUCCAAAACCUGCUCCAGAAGGGCUCCAUCGGCGACGACUUCUGGAACAGCCUGCUCGCGGCCGAGAAGGAGCUCGAGGCGGAGAUCAUGGAGGUCGUCGCCGAGGCCAACUCGUUCGUCGACGGCUGGGGCACCAUCAUCUUCGAGACCGCCAGCCAGAUGAUCGCGAACGAGAAGAUGCGGGGCCUGAUGGAGAACACGCCCGCCGCGCGAACGGAGAAAGGUCAGCUAGCCCAGCGCGGUCCUAUACCCCUGCGUGGCGUGCUGACUGUAACGUUUACACAGAGCUUUUGUAUGGAAAGAAGGCCAAGCAACGGCCUCCAUUGA